AUGCUCAAUGCCCUCCGUGCAUCGGCACCCAUGAUGCACGACUCGGAAGUUCUAAGUUGGUGCGAAUCUGUUGUUGAGCGUUCAAGAAAACAUACCAUACUCGACGAAGAGAGCAAUCCGGUCGACGCGAAAAGAGCAAGGCGAGAAGAAUUGCCUUCGCCCCCUCCUUCCGCGCAAGGCACCUCAAUCCAUCAAUCCACCACCUAUCGACAGAAGUCUAUGUCUGCUUCACAGUAUAAGCAAAAACGGUGCUUACGCGACAGCCCAGAGCCUGUUAUGCUAGAGUCAGCGUCAGACCAAGAGCCAGACCGUACUCCUCGUCCUAACAAAUCUACUUCUGCACUCGGUGAUUUGGAUGACAGGAGCAUUUCCGUAGGACAUUCGACACCUUCCCACGUCUCAUCUAAAGCUUCCAAAACAUCUCGCAAUUCUUCACCGAGGAAACAGUUUCGUAACGCCGAGAUACAGCAAACCGGAUUCCGCACCGCCAGUUUCGAAGAUGAAAUAAAGUCACCGUCACUGAGGCAACUACGUCGGGACCCGAAAGGCAUUCAGAGAGGAGACAGGAUAUUGCCCCAAGGCUUACGAGCUCAGCGAUAUCCGGCCCUGGCAAAGAUUCGUCAAAUCUUCGAACGAGCUAAUAAAUGCCGCGAUGGCCACCACGGGGAGUCAUCAUGGAAUAUGGACGUACAUUCUGGGUUCUUUGAAUGGGUCUUGAGAGAUGACCCCGAAAGCAGUGGUCCUCUAGACUACCGCUAUUGCCUUACUACCAGCCUCCUCCCACAAUACAAACCCAAAGAUGCCCCAAGUAAAAUGGUGGACUUUUGCCUUGCUGUCGAAGUGGGCGAGGAGGAGAAGCGGAUUAUCAACUUUCUCUGCCGAAGCCGACCGGGAUUCUCGAUUAACCACACAAAUUGGGGAGACUUGAACAAGUUCCCUAUCGCCAUCUCGGUAGAGACGAAAGGUCACGGCGAUCCCUACGACACUGCCUUACUCCAAGUUGCUACGUGGCACGCGUCUCAAUGGCGUAGCUUACGUUGGGGAGGCAAAGCUUUGUCCGCAAUCGAAUUUCUUGCUGGCGUUAUUGUUAUUGGCCACGAUUGGCGAUUCGUUGCCACUGUGCUCGGUGAGGAUGACAAAGCAACAACAUUUGAAUCGAUCCCCAUGGGGAGCACGGAUUCUAUAUUUGGCAUAUACACCUUAUUUGCCGCUCUACAAAGGUUGAAACGGUGGGCAGAGUCGACAUAUUGGCCAGCUUUCAAACGUGACAUGCUUGGGGAUACCGCGCCGGAAGGCUGA